UGUCAAUGAUGUUACUUGUAGGCGAUUAGGCGAUUAUUAUCAAGGCGAGGUCAGGUCUGAAACACAUUAGAAGAUGACUUUCUACAAUUUCGAGCUGUCAUAUGUCAGAUAGUGCUUCUUCUCGAAAACAAUUCUAAAUUUUUGUAUUCUGUCCAGAACUGUCAAAAAAUUGUAGCGCCGCAAGCGCAGACUUCCAGAUAAAAAUGUGUGUUUCUACUUGCUGCAAGUGUAACGAGAUAAUAAGGUCACGGGCAAUCUGCAGCCUGGGCAAGUCAUACCAUCCGCUGCACUUUACCUGCCAGGACUGUGGCGGGCAGGUGGAGCCGUCGGACUACUACGACAUUAAGGACAAGGUGGUGUGCAGUGAGUGCUAUCUGAGCAAGCAUGCCGAAAAGUGCUCCACCUGCCGGGCCCCGAUCGUGGGGCGUACCGUGGUCUCCAUGGGUCGGAAGUGGCACGAAAAGUGCUUCCGGUGCUUGAGCUGCAGCAAGCCGCUGCUCUCAUCGUCCUUCUACGAAGUAAAUGGAUUUCUCUUCUGCAAGGAACACUUCCGGGAGCAGUUCUCGUCCCGCUGUGCCGGCUGUGGAGAGCCCAUAGGUAGGCGAGCUGUGGUUGUCCUGAAUACUAAGUGGCAUGUCGAGUGCUUCAGAUGCCACGUCUGCUGCCGACGGCUCAGUGGCUCUGAGUUCAGCGUACAUGACGGACGUCCCCUUUGCCCGAAGUGCCAGGAAUGGGCGGUCAACCUUAGUCGCCAAAUUUUGCGGUGCAAACAAAAUCGUCGCUUAUCUGAAGAGUUUCGUACCUGAGAGUUUGAAUG